CCCGGAUGCUGCAUGACUUCAUCCUUCCGCCGGCUACCCUGCUGAGCUAGGGCCGGUCCGGCAGCUAGCCCGCCGCCCGCGCCCCGCUGCAGUCCCGCGCCCGCCCCGCGCCCGCCCCGCGCCCGCCAUGUCCGAGAUCCUGCCCUACAGUGAGGACAAGAUGGGCCGCUUCGCCGCCGACCCCGAGGGCUCCGACCUCUCGUUCAGCUGCCGCCUGCAGGACACCAACUCCUUCUUCGCGGGCAAUCAAGCCAAGCGACCCCCCAAGCUGGGCCAAAUCGGCCGAGCCAAGAGAGUGGUGAUCGAGGAUGACCGGAUAGACGACGUGCUGAAGGGGAUGGGGGAGAAGCCGCCGUCCGGAGUGUAGACGCGCCGGCUCGGGCGGCGGGCUCCGGGCCCAGCCCCGCAGCGGCCAGGAGCGCG